UUAGAACAUUCAGUCUCUGACUCCUUAAUUUGAUUUGAUGGGAAAUACACAACAGUAGGAGAAAUGAACACUACUUUUCUCUUACAUUAUCUUUUGGGAUAAAUAUGCUAACCAAGAUCAUCUUUUCUGUGCAAGCAAAAAUGUCCUAUAUGUGCAUCCUAGUCAUACAAUCUUUGCGUAAUCUUAGCUAGCCCCCCAUAAAACAUUUACAGCCACAACUUUAAGGCCACCCACUGUAGAUGUCAUGGGAAAGGGAGGAUGGCUGUCUCCUAGCAUCACACCCAAGGUUCUGAACGUGGGAGUCAUCCUGAGAACAGGUACCAAAGCAUCAUGACCUGAGUCAUCAUUAGUUACGGGGAUGAUUUAGGGAUUUUAAUUCCCAAGGGUGAUUUAAAUCAAAUGUAAAGUAUCUCAGAGAAACUCUGUAUAAACUGUUCCCUUGGUACCCAUGAAGUUCUGGAACCACAAGAGAUAACAGACUCAUUACAUUUUAUAAGUACAGUUUCUGCGGAGAACAGAAACCAAGGCCUCCAGGCAGAUACGAAGAAGCCUGUUUGUCUGACUGGAUAUGCACUAAAUGGAUGCUUCUAGAACACUGGGAAUCCCGACUAACUGACAGGCACUUGCAGGCGAGAGAACAUGGCAAAAGACAAUCAUACCACAGUGACCGAAUUUGUCCUCGUGGGAUUCACAGACCGUCCUGAGAUGCAGCUCCCCCUCUUUGUGGUGUUCCUGGUCAUUUAUCUCAUCACCCUCGUGGGAAACCUUGGCAUGAUCCUGAUCAUCAGAGCAGACUCACAGCUCCACACCCCCAUGUACUACUUCCUCAGUCACCUGGCAUUCAUUGAUCUUUGUUACUCAUCUUCCAUUGGGCCCAAGAUGCUGCAAAAUUUAUUAGUGAAGAAAAAAACCAUCUCCUUUUCAGGCUGUUUUGCUCAGCUGUACUUCUCCAGUGCUUUCACCACUACAGAAUGCUUCCUCUUGGCCACGAUGGCCUACGACCACUACAUGGCCAUCUGCAACCCCCUGAUUUAUACAGCUAUUAUGACGCAGCAGGUCUGCAGGGAGUUGGUGAUAGGGGUCUAUACCUGUGGCUUCCUAAACUCUGUGAUACAGACAGCUCUGACGUUCCAGCUGUCUUUCUGUGACUCCAAUGUCAUCCACCACUUCUACUGUCCUGACCCCCCUCUUCUGGCCUUCUCCUGCUCUGACACCCACAGCAAAGAAAAGCAGCUCAUGAUCUUCUCUGCAGUAAAUCUCACUGGGUCCCUCCUGACCAUCUUCAUCUCCUACAUUUGCAUCCUCUUUUCCAUUAUAAAAAUCCAGUCUUCCAAGGGCAAGUGCAAAGCAUUUUCCACCUGUGCCUCCCACCUCACUGUGGUCACCAUCUUUUAUGGAACACUGUUUUUCAUGUACCUGCAGCAACCAAAAGCGGGGAAUUCAUGGAAACAAAACAAAAUAGUCUCUGUGUUUUAUAGUCUUGUAAUUCCCAUGCGUAACCCUCUUAUCUACAGCCUGAGAAACACAGAAGUAAAGGAUGCCCUGAAAAAAAUGCUAGAGGGCAAAGAGUUAUAGUGAGUGAGUUAAUGGAAUGCAGCAUAUUGAAAGUUUGGUAUAUUGACAAGUAUAAUCUCUCUAAUUAAGUUUAGAUUUAGCAGGCGAAUUGCUGUCCAAUCAGGAAGCAAACAGUAAUCCAAUUUGGGAAUUUUAAUGACCAAAGUACUGGGUCACUUAUUUAACAUAGUAAUAUUUAAUCCAGUUAUCAUGAACUAUCAAAAUUGACUUACAAGCUAGAAUGUCAAAAACUGUGUCCUUCAUAUGCUGAAGAAGAAAUGGCUUACUACCAAUUAAAUAAUAAUAUAAACUGUAAAUUAAAAAAAUAUCCUGAAAAGCAACAUUCUGGGUGAAACUAUAAUUUAACAAAGCUGGGUACAAAACCCACACAUGAAAAUCUAUGAUAUUAGAAACACUUUUCAGUUUACAACAGGCUAUGUUGUAGACAGUCAUUUGUUAGUCUUAGAAUAUAUUUCUUCAUAACACUUUGCUGCAGAUGGUGAUUAAGUUUCAAGAUCAACUUACAAAAACCUUAUUUAAUCCAAAUGUAAUUGAAAUACUGCACGCUUUAAAUAAACAAUAGAAAAUAUAGUAUGGCAGCAAUAGUGUGGGGAGAAAAGAACAAAAAAAAACACUGCGAUUAGAUAGGGAGUUUGUUUAGAAAAGAAAGUUUAAUUAAAAGAGAUAAAAAGAAGGUUUAGGAAACUUUUAGAGAUGUUAAAAAUCGUCAUUUUUUCAACAGCCAGGGUUCAAUUUUUCUAGUCUCUGGAAAGUGGCGCCACAGUGAGUUUUCUGGGAGGGGAGUGAGGGAUGAGUAGGGAGAAAAAGGAAUGGAAAGAGGGAGAGUUUGGGGAAGUAAUCAGGCCUGGAUAUAUGUGAAUGUUUCUAAGAAAUAAAAUUAUUGCCUUACUUAAUUUGAAUGAUCUAGAGAAAUACUUUAGUUUUGCAACAUUUUCCAUGUUCUUUAUUUUUGUUUUCACAGGUCCAAUAUUCCAAUUUCUUGGAAAUAAGGCUAUAUGAAUUUUUGCUGUUUUGGGGGAUAGGUGAAAGAAAAAUCUCUAAUUUUUUUCAUUUAGGCAAAAAUAUGAGCAAUCUUUGUUUGGGAUUUGUUUGUUUGUUUGUUUGUUUGUGUUUGAGAUGGAGUCUCACUCUUGUCACCCAGCC